CAGUUACAUUCUAACUGCUCUGUAACGCGCACGGACAGCAGCGGAGGAGUGUGUGUGUGUACAGGAGUGUGUGUGUGUGUGUGUGUGUGUGUGUGUGUUUACAGGAGUGUGUGUGUUUCUGCGCGAGCGGAGCGGCUUUUCCUCGGCUUAAAAGACUGUGUGUGUGUGUGUGUGUGUGUGUGUGUGUGUGUGUGUGUGUGUGUUUGGGUGGUUAUCAGGCUGUAACUGUUCCCGAAUCAGGUUUAUGUGGAGUUUAUGGAGAGAAAAAGGAGCUGAACACCGAGACAAGAACUUCUGCCAGCCUGAGACCGAGAUAUUCAUCUACAGCAUCUCUAUAUCUACUGUAUACUGCACACAGACGGAGACAGGUAGAGAGAGACAGACAGGUAGAGAGACACGGGUGUGAUGGAGAAAUUAGUGGGUUCUGUUUAUUGGACUGUCCUGACCCUGAUCUGGGGUUGUGCUGUGAGUCCCUUUAACCUGGACACUGACAGUCCCUCAGUCUUCUCAGGACCUCAGGGCAGUUACUUCGGCUUCUCCGUAGAUUUCUUCAGUCCCACUGAUAAACUGCAGAACAUCCUGGUGGGUGCUCCAAAAGCCAACAGCUCCUCCUCUUCCUCAGUGACGGAGCGAGGUGCUGUGUACAGUUGUCCAUGGCAGUCAGGCGGGACAUGUACACAGAUAGUGUUCGACAACACCGAUAAUCGAGUAGAGAAUGGGCAACAGAUGGAGUUUAAGUCGAGUCAGUGGUUCGGAGCGACCGUGCGCUCAGACGGAGAACACAUCCUGGCAUGUGCACCUCUGUACCAGUGGAGUACGUACGGUUUUAAGGAACGUGAACCUGUCGGGACGUGUUUUCUGAAGAAAGGAUCCACAGUGGUGGAAUAUUCUCCCUGUCGCUCUGUUUCAGCCACGCCUGAAGGACAGGGGUUUUGCCAGGCUGGAUUCAGCGCUGAUAUCGUGAAGAAUAAACGAGUGGUGGUUGGAGGACCAGGGAGUUUUUACUGGCAGGGGCAGCUGAUCUCAGAUGAUAUCUCAGAGGUUCUCAGCAGACUCACUAAAGAGUUAACCACCAAAUACAGUAACCAGAUGGCCACCAAAUCCGCCAGCGCUCAGUACGACGACAGCUACCUCGGUUACUCUGUGGCAGUUGGAGAUUUUAAUAACGAUGGUGUGGAUGACUACGUCACCGGUGUUCCGAGAGGAGAGAAAGCCCUGGGCUACGUGAACAUCUUUAAUGGGCAGAACAUGGCCUCCACAGUGAACUUCACUGGCCUGCAGGUGAGGUAUAGAGUGUAUAUAGAGUAUAGUAUCCUGAGUCUGGAGGAUAAAAGCUGCACACUUCCUGGAACGAGCACCACGGUGUCUUGGACACGGGAGUGUGUUUGUGUGUACAGGAAGUUGGACCUGUUGGUUGGAGCUCCUCUGUUUAUGGAGCGUGGCUCUGAUGGGAAGCUGCGGGAGGUGGGACAGGUUUAUAUUUACCUGUCGAGUGGUGGCUUCUCCUUCCAGCCUCCUCUCAAACUGACCGGCUCUGAGAUCUACUCUCGCUUCGGCAGCUCCAUCACCAGCCUGGGGGACCUGGAUGGGGAUGGCUUUAAUGACGUGGCGGUAUCUGCUCCGUACGGUGGAUCUUCUCGGCAGGGGUUGGUGUAUAUCUAUAACGGGCGAGCCGGUGGGCCGGACUCUCAGCCCUCUCAGGUCUUAAAGGGGAAGUGGGCGUCGACCUCGCUGCCUCCCAGCUUCGGCUACGCCAUGCAUGGAGCCAUGGACAUCGACCAGAACGGCUACCCGGAUCUGGUGGUAGGCGUGUUUGGAGCUGAUAAAGCAGUUCUUUACAGAGCUCGGCCAGUGAUCAGUGUGAACUCCACCCUGGAUAUAACUCCACAGAUCCUGAGUCUGGAGGAUAAAAGCUGCACACUUCCUGGAACGAGCACCACGGUGUCUUGUUUCAUGGUGAAAUACUGUCUGAAGGCCAGUGGUAAAGGAGCGCCAUCCACCCUGAACUUUCAGGUGGACCUGACUCUGGAUCGUCUGAAGCAGAAAGGAGCAAUAAAGCGAGUGCUGUUUCUACACAACAGUUUAUCUCAGUACACCAAGUUUAUGAGAGUCACUAAUGGAGGAUCUCAAUCCUGCGAGGAGCUGCAGGCUUAUCUGAUAGAUGAAUCAGAGUUCAGGGAUAAGAUCACCCCCAUUUCUAUCUUCAUGGAAUUUAGUCUGGAUUACGCAAGUGCAGCAGAUAAAUCGGGUCUUCAGCCCAUCCUGGACCAGUCCAACCCAGCUAACGUCAUCAAGCAGGCCCAUAUACUGUUGGACUGUGGUGAUGACAAUAUAUGUAAACCAGACCUGAGACUGGAUGUUAUCAGUGAUCAGAAGCAGAUCUAUAUUGGAGAUGAUAAUCCUCUGACUCUGGAGGUGACGGCGGAGAAUCGUGGGGAGGGAGCGUACGAGGCCGAGCUCAGCAUCAUCAUUCCACCUCAGGCUGAUUUCAUCGGUGUGGUGAGGAACAGUAAGACCUUGUCACGGCUCUCCUGUGCCUAUAAGAGGGAAAAUCAGACCAGAGUGGUGUGUGAUUUGGGAAACCCAAUGAAAGGAGGAACUAAGAUCGUGGCUGGUUUGCGUUUUAGUGUUCAUCAGCUGUCAGAGCAGGACACAUCAGUCAAGUUUGAUUUGCAGAUUCUGAGCUCCAAUCAGUACAACAGCAGCAGUAACCUGGUUACCGUGGUAACGAAGCUAGCUGUGCUCGCUAAAGUGGAGAUCCGAGGUGCCUCUGCCCCAGAGCAGGUUUUCCUGCCCAUCGCUAACUGGCAGCCCAAAGAGAAUCCUGUGGUGGAGGACGACAUCGGCCCGUUAGUGCAGCACAUCUACGAGUUGAGGAAUAAAGGUCCGAGUGCAUUCUCGAAGGCCAUGCUGGAUGUGGAAUGGCCGUAUCGUUACAACAACGGCUCUCUGCUCUACAUCACCAAGUACGAGGUUGAUGGAGCCAUGAACUGCAGCACCGACAUUGAAAUCAACCCCCUCAACGUCACGAACCCCAUGUAUUGGAAUAAGAACGCAACCUUUUCCGGAGGCGACCGACCCGAGGGGCGUACACGGAGCCACGUUCACCGCCGAGACGUCCAGGAGCAGAGGGCUGAGGAGGGAGACAUGCUGACCCUGGACUGUGAGAAGGCUCAGUGCUUGAAGAUUAAGUGUCAGGUUGGCCGCUUGGAGCGAGGUCAGAGCGCAAUCCUCUUCAUCUACUCCAGACUGGCCGUGUCCACCUUCCUGCAGGCUGAUGUUCAGAACCACUCGUACGUAGUGAAAUCAUCAGCUUCGUUCAGUGUGAUUGAGAUGCCCUAUAAAAACCUUCCCUUUGACCUGCCAGUUAACAGCACAUCUGCAAGUCUCAGCGUGGUGUGGGUGAACUCUGAGCUGAUCCAGCCGGCCCCUAUCUGGGUGGUGGUGGUAGCUGUGUUAGCUGGACUGUUGCUGCUCGCAAUGCUUAUCUUCAUCAUGUACAAGCUUGGGUUCUUUAAGCGAGUGCGCCCCCCACAGGAGGAUGGGACUGAGAAGGAGCAGCUCCAGCCUCAGGAAAAUGGAGACAAGAACACUGAGACCUAAUACACUAAACCGUGUGUGUGUGUGUGUGUGUGUGUGUGUGUGUGUGUGUGUGUGUGUGUGUGUGUGUGUGUGUGUGUGUUACUGGCUGGUUUUCUUUCUCUACUGCACUGACAUGUUGAACUGUACCCCAGGCUGAUUGAUG